AUGGCAUUGCAGUUGGUGCAGUUGGGUCGCACUCCUUGUGGCACACUUAACCCUUGCUUCGUCGAUGUGAAAGGUGUGAUGCCUCCUACUCAGUGGCAUGGAGUUGCCAAGAUGUGGCAAUCGAGACUGCGUAAGAAGCUGGAAGAUGGUGAUAUCAUAUGCUUUCAGAAAGCUUCCUCUUUGGACAGUGAGGAAAAUAUCCGUUAUCCGGAUGUGCCCUCAUAUUUAGAAUAUGUGCAUAAUCGCCAGGUGGUUCACUUUCGAUCUCUGGAUAGACCUAAAGAAGAUGACUUUUUCUUGGAGAUGUCAAGGCUUUAUACUUACGAUGAUGUAGUGGAGAGAGUAGCCCAACAACUUGGUUUGGAUGACCCGUCCAAAAUACGGCUGACACCACACAACUGCUACUCUCAACAACCCAAACCCCAGCCUAUUAAAUACAGAGGAGUAGAACAUUUGUCUGAUAUGUUAGUUCAUUACAAUCAGACGUCAGAUAUAUUAUACUAUGAAGUACUUGACAUCCCUCUACCAGAAUUACAAGGGUUGAAAACUCUGAAAGUUGCAUUUGCCACUAAGGAUGAAGUGUUUAGUCAUACUAUCCGACUUCCAAAGCAGAGUACUGUUGGGGAUGUCCUUGAUGAUCUUAAAACAAAGGUAGAGUUAUCUGAUCCUGAAGCUGAACUUCGCUUACUUGAAGUCUUCUAUCACAAAAUAUACAAGGUCUUCCCUCCAAAUGAAAAGAUUGAAAACAUUAAUGAUCAAUACUGGACAUUACGAGCUGAGGAGAUUCCAGAAGAAGAGAAAAAUCUUGGUCCUCAUGAUCGUCUAAUUCAUGUGUACCAUUUCAACAAAGACACAGCUCAAAACCAAAUGCAAAUUCAAAACUUCGGGGAACCUUUUUUCUGGUUAUACAUGAAGGAGAAACUCUAUCUGAAAUUAAAGUGCGAAUACAGAAGAAACUUCAAGUUCCUGAUGAUGAGUUUGCCAAGUGGAAGUUUGCAUUUCUAUCACUAG